GCCGGGCCGAGCCGAGGCUAAAGGGAGGCGGCCGGGGCUGAGGGGAGGAGUCGGCGCUUCGUCUUGGCGGCAGCCGCAGCGCCAUGGGCUCCGAGAAGGACUCCGAGUCCCCGCGCUCCACGUCCCUGCCCGCGGCCGCGCCGGACCCCAAGUGCCGGGGCGGCGGCAGGCGGCGGCACCGCUUCCUCUCCAGCUUCGUCCUCCUCCCCGCGGGCCGCGGCCGCCGGGCCCGCGCCAAACCCCCGCCGCCGGCCCUGGCUCCGGCCGAGCCCCCAGCGCCGCCGCCGCCGCCACCGCCGCCGGCCCCUCCUGAGGCGCCUCCCUCCGAGCCCGCCCCGGAGGCCGAGGCCGUGGCCGCCGUGCCUGCGGCGGUGGCGGCUGCGGCGGCGGCGGGCGAGGAGGGCCCCGAGUCCGGCGGCGACGAGGUGGAGUGCCCGCUGUGCCUGGUGCGCCUGCCGCCCGAGCGCGCCCCGCGCCUGCUGAGCUGCCCGCACCGGUCGUGCCGAGACUGCCUCCGCCACUACCUGCGGCUGGAGAUCAGCGAGAGCCGCGUGCCGGUCAGCUGCCCCGAGUGCAGCGAGCGCCUCAACCCGCACGACAUCCGCCUGCUGCUCGCAGACCCGCCUCUCAUGCACAAGUACGAGGAGUUCAUGCUGCGCCGCUACCUGGCCUCGGACCCGGACUGCCGCUGGUGCCCGGCGCCGGACUGCGGCUAUGCCGUCAUUGCCUAUGGCUGUGCCAGCUGCCCAAAGUUGACCUGCGAGAGGGAAGGCUGCCAGACUGAAUUCUGCUACCACUGCAAGCAGAUAUGGCAUCCGAAUCAAACGUGCGAUAUGGCCCGUCAGCAGAGAGCACAGACUCUGCGGGUACGGACCAAGCACACUUCAGGUCUCAGUUAUGGCCAAGAAUCCGGGCCAGCGGAUGAUAUCAAGCCAUGCCCACGCUGCAGCGCAUAUAUCAUCAAGAUGAAUGAUGGGAGCUGCAAUCACAUGACCUGUGCAGUGUGUGGCUGCGAGUUCUGUUGGCUCUGUAUGAAGGAAAUCUCAGACUUGCAUUACCUCAGCCCCUCUGGCUGUACCUUUUGGGGCAAGAAGCCAUGGAGUCGUAAGAAGAAGAUCCUUUGGCAGCUGGGCACCUUGAUUGGCGCUCCAGUGGGCAUUUCCCUCAUUGCUGGCAUUGCCAUUCCUGCCAUGGUCAUUGGCAUCCCUGUUUAUGUUGGCAGAAAGAUCCACAGCAGGUAUGAGGGAAAGAAGACUUCAAAGCACAAGAGAAAUUUAGCCAUCACAGGUGGUGUGACCUUGUCAGUCAUUGCAUCCCCGGUUAUUGCUGCUGUUAGUGUUGGUAUUGGUGUCCCUAUUAUGCUGGCAUAUGUCUAUGGGGUCGUACCCAUUUCUCUCUGUCGUGGAGGAGGUUGUGGAGUUAGCACUGCCAAUGGAAAAGGUGUGAAAAUUGAAUUUGAUGAAGAUGAUGGUCCCAUCACAGUGGCUGAUGCCUGGCGAGCCCUGAAGAACCCCAGCAUUGGGGAGAGUAGCAUUGAAGGUCUGACCAGUGUGCUGAGUACCAGCGGGAGCCCCACAGAUGGACUCAGUGUCAUGCAGGGCAACUAUAGUGAGACAGCCAGCUUUGCAGCUCUCUCAGGGGGUACUUUGAGUGGGGGAGUUCUCUCCAGUGGCAAGGGAAAGUACAGCAGGUUAGAAGUCCAAGCUGAUAUCCAAAAGGAAAUUUUCCCCAAAGAUACGGCCAGUCUUGGCGCCAUUAGUGACAACGCCAGCACUCGUGCAAUGGCUGGUUCCAUAAUCAGUUCCUACAACCCCCAGGACAGAGAGUGCAACAAUAUGGAAAUCCAAGUGGACAUUGAGGCCAAACCUAGCCACUAUCAGCUGGUUAGUGGAAGUAGCACAGAGGACUCUCUACACGUUCAUGCCCAGAUGGUAGAGAAUGAGGAAGGCAGUGAAGAGGAUCCACCAUGCAAACACCAAAGCUGUGAUCAUAAAGACUGCAUUGCCAGCAAAACCUGGGACAUCACCUUGGCACAGCCCGAGAGUAUCAGGAGCGACUUGGAGAGCUCGGACACACAGUCAGAUGAUGUGCCGGACAUCACAUCAGAUGAAUGUGGUUCCCCUCGCUCCCAGACUGCAGCCCACCCCCAUAGUCCCCGAGCCAGAGGCGCACAGAGCCCAAGUGCCCAUAUGAACCACUGUGCCCAAGCGGAGGGGCAUAAGUCAGAGGAAAUGGUCUUGAAGCUGGAAGGCGUGGAAGUCAGAGUAUGAAGUCAAAGGCUCCUGUCUGCAGAAGCACACUUGUAACUGCAUCUCUUGGAAACUUUUUUAGUUAAUGUAUUUUAUUUCAAAUAUUCUCUGGUCACAGGUUUACCCCAGUGUAGCUCUGGGAAAGAUGCCAUUUCUUACAAGAUAAAACAUGAAAAUUUUACCCCCUUGGUUCUACCCUCCCUGUCCCUUCCCUCCCCCUCUUUUUUUUUAGUUUUAAUUUAUUGGUUAAACCGCUGGUGGUGAUCCGUGAGGUGUGUCAGAGUGUAUAUAUGUAUGUGUGUGUAUAUUGUAUGUAUGCAAACAUAUUACUGAAGGACACAUUUUAAUAAAGAUUUCUGUUGUAAUCCUG